AGAAGACCUUACGUUUUCAGCUUCAUCAAUUCGAAUUCAAACCAGAUUCUCAUUCCAUUAUCUCUGAAUAUAUUCAGUCGUCAAAGUACCUACUAUGUCUACAUCUCAAGAAACAGUUACAUUUGCCAGGGACAAUUUGGCAGAGGCGUACACAAUCGGAGGCAACCCUGAGAAGACGGCAACAUUCUAUUCCAGUUGGAGUAAAGGCGAUAAUUAUGAUCAGCACCUGAACCCAAACUUGUACCGCGGCCCAGAGAUAGCUGCCCAAGCUGUUGCCGACUUCUUUCCCUCAUCAAAACGUGGGGACGCACACAUUCUUGAUGUUGCAGCUGGCACGGGUUUUGUUGCCGAGAACCUCAAGAAACAUGGGUUUAUGCGCUUCGAUGCCCUGGACGCCAGUGAGGGCAUGUUACAAAAAGCUCGCCAGAAGGGACUUUACGAUAACUACAUCUGCUGCUACCUAGAUACUAACAAGUUACCUAUUCUUGAAGAUACUUACGACUGUGCUGUGACAUCCGGAGGCAUGGGCGAAGGACACAUUCCUUACAAUAGUCUGGAUCAGCUUGUCAGGGUUGUGAAGCCAGGAGGACUUGUGUGUAUAGUGAUGAGAGAAGAGUUCGUGAACCACAGCCAGUACAAGGACCUGCUGGAGCCAUACAUGACUCGUCUGGAGAAAGAAGGUCAUUGGCAGAAAGUUUCUAGGACUGUGGUGGAGAAAUACGUCCUGGAGCACAAUGGCGUUGUCUACAAAUUCAAAGUUCUUCCCGGCCAGAAUAAAACAGAAUGAAACCAUUUUUUGUGGUUGCCAAAUUAUCAGAUUUAACGCUACUUCCUAACGAUACCGAGUGACAUAAUGUAGGACCAAAAACUUAAAUGAGCAAUUAAAAAUUACCUUCAGAAAAAUACUGGAACAAAACACAGUACUGAAAACAAAAAAUCUCCAAAAAACGAAAUUAAAGGUUUGAAUGACCUAAGCAGAAUCCUUCAGGAAAAUGAUACCCUUGCUACAUUUUAUUUUUACUUUGCGUUAUUAAAGUGCAAUCUUUAUAGUGGAUCCAUAUAUGUACUCUGCACUGUCUAAACUUACACGAUGACCAAUAAUUGUUGGAUUUAACAAUCCCUAUCUGCCCAGCUGAUUUAAUCAUUAAGUUUGAAAUUGUUAACAAUGCGUAAGACAGGUUCCAAAGCAUGUUAUAGCAUUUCUAAUUUUCUGGAUUCUUACGAAAAGGAUACAAAUAUAUAAGAUGAUUCUGCUUUCUACAACAUUUGAUUUGUCCCUAUGAUGAAGAAACACUUUUUUGCAAUUGCGUUUAAGUGUUCAUUUAAUUUUGCAAUCUCGGUAUUAAGUUUUGUUCCCACAGAUUACACAAUAUGUUGCUACUUACAUAAUUUAUAAAAUAAACCACCUACGUUUUAAAC